AGCUUUGACCCUUCUCGAUCUGCUCUCUAGCGUGUCUUUGCCGCCCAAAUUCAUUCCGCCCUUCGGAUUGCCUUUUUUUUUCUCUUCUUUUCAUUCAUCAUGAUGCGCUGCUCCUUCCUUCGUCUUGCGGCUGCACCCGCUGCUGCUGCUGCUGCUGGGGCAGCGACGGCGUCUAGCAAUCCCAAGAUGGUAGCGCUGCACAAGCUCCUCACCGGCGAGACGCAGUUCCGCGGUAACACUCCGUUGAAGGCGUGCAACAUCGAGCACAACUUUGGCGCGAGCUGGCAGUCUGACAUCGAGUCCUACGCGAAGAGCCUGCCGGCGGAGCAGAAGAAGGUGCUGGAGCGUCAGGUGGCUCGCGUGCGACUAACGCGGUACACGACCCGCGAACUCAGCCAAUACUGCGGCGAGGGUCCGGAGCACUUGGACGCGGUAGCGCGUGAGACGAACAUCGCCCAGGCAAAGGCGUACGCCGAGAAGCACGGCGCCGACAAGCUCGAAGCCUACGUGCAGGCGGAGGCGAAGAACGCCGGCUGGUCUGAUGCCGACGCGAAGAAGUUUAUCGACGCUGUGAAGGCUGCGAAGUAAGUCGCAGAGAGCCGGAGGUCAAGAAGCGUGUUGCGAUAGCUGCUUUGGGAAGGAACGACGUGAGUGUGUUUUGUAGGCAGGUUACUCCCGCCCUCCCUGUAUCUCGCGAGCAACGAGGGAGCGUGGAAGGCGAGGGUGUAACCAUUGGAAACUCUGGAUGGAAACUGAAAAGCGUGUGAAAGCUCUUUGUUCUCGCUUGGUCUUCUUUCACAUAUAUAUCCAGUGUUUUCCAUUUUCUUUUUAAGGUAGCGAAACAGUAGGGAAAGCAGUAACGAGGGGUAUGCGAGGGUGUGCUUGCCGUGAAAGGCAUUUCGUGUCCAAUUGUUCCGUGAGCACAGCUCGUUUGCUCGUCUUCGUUCAUGUUUGUCCAGUCAUUGGUGUUAUGAUCUUGUUCUUUUUUUUUCUUUCCACUCCCCUCUCUCUCUUUGUGGGACCUCCUCAAGCGUUUUGCUCACCAUACCUUUUCGUUACCUUGGCGCCGUUGACAGCAGCGCUCAUACGAGAAAGAGAGAGAGAGGGCGAGAAGGCGUCUCCCCAGCACUUUACUUUCUCUUCCAUCUAAGGCGAAGAAGGGGGAAAAAUGAAAAGCAAAAGACAAGAGAAAUGCCAGUAACAUCCACACCAUUAGCAUGACGUAUACAAUCAAAUG